GGGAAGAGCAGGGGCCAGGGCGGGCGGGGCAUUGUAGGGGCCAGGGGCCGAAGCUCCUCCUUCUGUUUCCUGGUACCCGGGCUGGCUCCAGGAGAAGAUGAAGCCUCUGGGUGUGGGUCGAAGCACCGGUUUCCAGCUACCAGAGGGGAAGGUUCAGGACCCAAGAUCAGCUAAGUGCUUGAGAGCCCGCGGCCGGCUGGCUCCCUGAGGCGCAUUCCUGGUGUGAGAGACGCUUAAUAGGCUCUCUCCUUCUCCGGCUAGGCGCAGGACUAACGGCCCUAGGGGUCCAGGGGGGCAGAGUAGAGAGAGUCCCUUUUGAGCUCUGGAACAAUCUUCGCUCAGCCGCCGCCCCUUAGUGCCGGGAACAGACACCUCAUCUUCGCUCUCCUCCUCCUCUUUCUCCUCCGCAGCAGCGGUGGGCUAGGGGACGCAGGUUCGUUUCUCCAUUUCCCCUUAGCCCCGCGGGAGCCAGCAGCAGCAGCGAGCCACUAGAGCCCCGGAGUGCGGCCAGCCAGCCAGACGCCUUUGCGGGGGGUCCCGCCUGCCUGGCCACAGGGGGAUGGAGGUGCGGCGGGCUCCGAGCCGCAGCCCGGAGUCCAAACUUCAGCGCGGGCUUUCAGUGGAGCAGCUGCCGCCGCCCCCCCCCACCGCCGCCGCUUCGCCUUCUGGCCUGAGAGCAGGACCAUGGAUGAGAGGUUCAACAAGUGGCUGCUCACGCCGGUGCUCACGCUCCUAUUCCUGAUCAUCAUGUAUCAGUACGUGUCCCCGACCUGCACCAGCUCCUGUACCAACUUCGGGGACAAGUUCCGCGCCGGGGAGUCCGGCCAGGUUGCAGCAGCCCUAGCGGGUCCCCGAGAGGACCAGCAGCAACCACCGCCCCGGGACCAGCAAGCCGAGAUUCGGGGGGCACCGGCGGCACAGCAUUCCGGGCCAGUGCAGGAGACGGAGGAGGAAUUCGAGGAGUUGGAAGAGGAGGAGGAAGAGCAGGACCGAGAAUCCCCGGACAAUGGCUCUCUGCCCAAAUUUGUGCCCCGCUUCAACUUCUCGGUGAAGGACCUGACCCGUUUCGUGGAUUUCAACAUCAAAGGGCGGGACGUGAUUGUCUUCUUGCAUAUCCAGAAGACCGGGGGCACGACCUUCGGGAGGCACCUGGUGAAGAAUAUCCGGUUGGAGCAGCCCUGUAGCUGCAAGCCUGGCCAGAAAAAAUGCACCUGCCACCGACCAGGCAAAAAAGAGACGUGGCUCUUCUCGCGCUUCUCCACCGGCUGGAGCUGUGGGCUGCACGCCGACUGGACAGAGCUCACCAACUGUGUGCCGGCCAUCAUGGAGAAGAAGGACUGCCCUCGAAACCACAGCCGCACCAGGAAUUUCUAUUAUAUCACAAUGCUGAGGGAUCCAGUAUCCCGUUACCUGAGUGAAUGGAAACAUGUCCAGAGAGGGGCCACUUGGAAGACGUCUCUUCACAUGUGUGAUGGAAGAAGCCCAACUCCAGAUGAGCUGCCUACUUGCUACCCAGGGGAUGAUUGGUCUGGUGUCAGCUUGAGAGAGUUUAUGGAUUGUGGCUAUAACCUGGCCAACAACCGCCAGGUCCGUAUGCUGGCUGACCUUAGCCUAGUGGGAUGCUACAACUUGACUUUCAUGAAUGAGAGUGAGCGGAACACGAUCCUUCUGCAGAGUGCCAAGAACAAUCUGAAGAACAUGGCCUUCUUUGGGCUUACAGAAUUCCAGAGGAAAACUCAAUUCCUGUUUGAGAGGACAUUCAAUCUCAAGUUCAUCUCCCCCUUCACACAGUUCAACAUCACACGGGCCUCUAAUGUGGAGAUCAAUGAAGGAGCCCGCCAGCGCAUCGAGGAGCUGAAUUUCCUGGAUAUGCAACUUUAUGAAUAUGCAAAAGACCUUUUCUUGCAACGCUACCACCACACCAAACAGCAAGAACACCAGAGGGACAGGCAGAAGAGGAGGGAGGAGCGGAGGCUGCUCAAGGAGCAUCGGGCUCACAGGUGGCCGAAGGAGGAUGAGACCACCGUCACAGAGGACUAUAACAGUCAAGUAGUCCGAUGGUGACACCUUCUGAUUCUCCUCCCAGGGGGGCAGGAGGACCAUGGACAAUGUUGGUAUUUUGCUGAAUCAUCUAAGGGAGGGAUAAAAAAUGAGCCAUGAUUUCUGAGUACGUGAGACCUGAUUUGAACAUCUGCCCUCCCUUUGUCUUUUUCCCCCCUUAGCUUUUAACCAGCUAAAAGGGCAAUUCCUCUUGUGUUUUCUUGACAUUUUUUUCAAUCAGUAUUAUAUAGGGUAGAGUUAUAUCCCAAACAAACCAUUCUGAAAGACCCACACCCAGAUGGGAAACAAAGUCUGGUUUUGCCUCCUCCUUUUCAUCUGCACAGUAGAAGAAUGGAAUGAGAAGCCAGAGCUUGCAAGUGGCACGAAUGUCAAAACCAAUCUGUGACUUGGGAGUUCUGUAGAAAUUGGUCUGUUUUCACAAUGUCUCUGUAACAGUAUUAUAGGACUAUUUAUAGUGAUCAAGAAAGGGAGAGAAAAAAUAAUUGUAGGCUCUAUGUCAAAAAAGAAGAGAAUGUCCUCCACUGCUGUGUUGAAUUCAUGCUAGAGGAUGAAACACGUAAGCCUUCCUGCACCUUUUGACUUCGAAAUGGCCUGACUCUGGAUGUAUCUUAGAACACAAGCAAAAGGCAAUCACUGUUGCACUAAUCUUACUGUGACCAUCAUCCUAGGCAUAGGCCAUACAAACUUCAACAUCAUCUUUUUCUAAAGACAAGGUCCUGUUAAGUGACUGGCCAUAAUAGCCAUUAAAAAAGGAUCAUCUUUUGUGAUCUCUCACUUACAGGUGAACACCAGUUUUUUUCAUCUAAAAAUUAAAAAUGGAACUGAAGAUAAAAUAUGAGGAAAGUGAUGUGUCUACCCCUACCCUGUUCUAAACUUACUAGUGAAGCAUAUUUAUUAAGCUAAUAUGUGUAUUUUUCCAAGGAAAAUGGAAACAAAUAUCUUCCUUGGCAUAGCACUGCCCCUAGGACUGGAAUUCUGCUAUGAUAAUAGAACUGACUGUAAGGUUUUGGCUUGGAACUUGAUAAGGCAGCUAGCAUGUGUGCAAGGUCAUUGUCUUCAAGUUGUUCUAUGAAUAACACCAUAUACUGGCUACCAAGAAUGAGUGUUGGAUAUGGGAUAAUUAUUCCAGAUUUUCAGUGAGACAGGACUUAAUGGUGUCUCAAAUAUCUUCAGUCUAGUACAUUUUUUCUUCAUUCUUAAACCUUUGAUUGUUGUAGGAAUAAACCUGUGAUAAUAUUUAACACAUGAAACCAUGAUAUAUCAAAUUGGAAGUUGAUGCUCCUCAGAUGCUUCUCAUGCUUCUCGACCUUGUACAAAUGAUAUAAACAAAAUAAACAGGUGAAUAAAUGAAAACCCAUGGGCUUGUGGGAGAGGGAAUCUCUGUCAUGUUGUCUGUCAUGUCAUCAAUUUGUAGAAGGAUGUGAUUGCCAUGAAAGAUGAAGCUAAAAAGUUCCUACCAGAAGCAUGACACGAAUACAAGUAGAAUCAGCAAAGUGAAUUGAAAUUUUGGGGGUGAUCAAAGUUAAAAGUUUGGAAGGCAACCAACUUCCUUGAACCACCCUUCAUCCCAUCCUCAGCAUAAGUCCCUUGGGUUGUAGAAUCCCUAAAUCAACCAAUCAAUAAGCCUUCAUUGAGUGGCUAGUAAAAGCAGGGUUGCAUGUCAUAUGCUGAGGAAAGAGAGGAAUUCAUUCUCUUGACUAAGCACAGUCCCUGUGGUUCUAUCAAAUAUUUGAUGGAGGUAGAAGUGUAGAUAAGAUCUCUUCCAUGACCCUUGGUCUAGUCAGUUAGGCAUCAUCUACAAGCAAAGGCUGGGAUUAGAACUUUGUAAGCGGCUGAUAGAACCAGCAAUGACAGCAGCAUCCCUUCAGUAUCUGGGAAGAGCCAGCUGCUGUUACCCAGGUGCCUUUGCUUCUUAUCCAUAAGGAUUGUGCCAGGUUGAUAGUUUAAUCUCACUGUGGCCAGAAGCCUACCUGAAGAAGGAAGUCACUCCCUUCUGAGCCCCACACGCAUAUAUCCCUACACCCCAUCAAAAAUGACAUUAUCACGAAUGACUUGGCACCUGUCCUUUUGGAGCCAUGAAGAGAAAAUAAAAUGGGCCAUAUAAAUGUGCCUCAUUAGAUGAUAGAGAUUAGUAUGAAAAGAAAUCAGUCUGACAAGAUAUCAGUGUUUUCCAUCCUGAUGAUUUGUCUGUGAGAUGGGGAGGGGAAGUAAGGGGAACAGAGAGAAAGGAGGGUUGCAGCUGGAAUUAAUGAGCAGAUUUUUACAGCUUCAUUUUUUGCCGUGAAUAUGGUAUGGUUCUGCCGAGACUAGUAGUGCUGCAAAUUUUCUCUUCUGCCUGCUGCCGGGGGAACACACACAAGUGUGCAUCUACCCGGGCAGGCGAACAUAAAGACACACACACACACACACACACACACACACACACACACAAACACACACACACUGCAAUAAUGAUCCAGCUUUAUGGCAUGUGGAAAUUCAAAAUAAGUUAGAGAGCAUUUGAUUUUGGUUUUCCUCUUAAACCUCACUUUUAAAAUAUUGGCAGGGAAUUAAUGCAUCUCUAAGCCAUCAACUACUAACAUCAUGCUGUUCCUGAGGCAGAGGGAAUUUAUAUCCAAAGGUUUUCCCCAGCAUCAUUGCUGCUUGCUUGAUAUAUGGAGCUCCACUUGAGAUGGGAUAUCAGGCUAUUCAGAAGGGUAGCCAUCUAUUUGGGUUGGCCUAAGGCCAGAACUGAGCAAAUUAAACAGGCAGCCCUAGUCUUGUUCUGUUAUAUUCUUUCAAUACAAAGCAGCCUUUGCAUGGUCUCAAAUCCCCAAGGUACUAGGGUGAUACUAUGGUGAUGGAAGUGGAGAAGUGAGAAAGUGCUUCUGUUACUGCAGACCAAAUUCAUCCCUCCUAGCUGAGUGGAAAGUUACCAUCAAACUCUCACCUGGGCCUGGGAAGCCUUACAAAGCAAGUCAGCAGCCUUAAGAUAAAAACACAAGUCAGUUCCAGUUAUGGCAGUACCCAAAGCCCCAGAACAGAAAAUAUAAACAAAAACCAGCCAACAAACAAAAAAAAACCCUAGGGAGUUCCAAAUUGGAUGAAAU